CAGCCGUCUAAGAAUAAAUUUCGUUGUUACUCAUUAGCGGAUCGUACCGUGAACGUUUCGCGGCGAUACGUCCGAUCAUAAAUGGAAAUCCCUAGCCUCGCUUUUAACGAGAACAGAGCGGGGUUCCCUCGAUUAAUCGACUCUCACCCUCUCUAUUUUCAUUCUUUCGAUGAACAGAACGCGCACGCACUCACGCAUACAUGGUGGAUCGCUGGUGGUCACGCACUCUUUCGUUUUUGAUUGAAAUAAAGAACGUGAAUCGUGAGUGAAGAAGCUAAUGGCGCUAUGGACUUGGUUUGCUCGACGCUAAUCGAUCUUGUGGUCCUGGACUACCACGCUUCGGGAAGGGUGUUUCGAUUUUGUGAGGGAAGCUUGUUUUUUUUUUUUUUGCAGUGCGCGUAGGGUUUUCGAUGGGGAAUACUCGUCUUUUUUGAACGAGGGUGGUAGAGGGUGCGUGUGGUUGGGCUUCGAACGAGAUUUUUGUUUGGAAUGUUUCUCCGUUAUCUCAAUGUAGCUUUUACAAUCUAUUUUUGAAACUGCGAUACUCGUGUUUCGACGUUUCUAUGUUUUAUUUUUUAUUUUUUUUUUUUGUCGGGGAUGUCGGAGGUUUUGUGCAAUUUUCGGGGAUAUUUUAUGCAAGUAAACGUAAUCUCUUUCCGAGCGAAUAUUUAUCGAACGAUUUGGGAGAGUCCUCGAUGAUAUGCACCGACACUUUUGUGUUUGGUCAUCCUUGACUUGUAAUGCAAGUUUUUAUUCAAUGAACGUCUCGAUAGAUUUCCAUUUCAAAUUUGUAUUAUUUUAUUUUUUAUCAUGUAUUCACGCGUUCAUUGCAACAGGAAUCUAACCUUGACGUUAUUAUUUAUUUCAUUAACGAAUCACAAGGUUUUCUUCAGUGUCAAACGUAAUUGGGAAAAUUAGAAUCAUAUUAAAGGAACUGGGAUAUUAUAAACGCUAUACACACAAAUAUUUUUAUGACUUCAAGUGCAGGUUCUGUGAAUUUGAUAAGAAUGGUGGUGAAUUUUUUUUAUAAAAAUGAGGAACGCUGAAUUCAGAGAGAAACAAUGCAAUUUUCCUUUAUUAUUUUCUUUAUUGAAAAUAUCAAGCAAUAAAUCUUCAACUCAAAACAAAAUCAUUUUCCUCGAGAGUUACGAUUAGAUUAAAACCUACUAAAAGUAAUUAACGCCAAGCGUGUAAUUAACCAGUUUCUACUUAAUAAUGGUCUUGAGGUAAUUCGAUAGUACGCGUGAUGUAAUUAGCACUUAAAAGAAAUUAGGAUGGAGAAAGCACAUCCCACCGACAUCUUCAAUCCUACAGAUCCAAGCAAUCGAUUAUCGUGCAAAAAUCGACUCGGAGCGUUUGGGGUAACUCUCGAGUUCUUUUUAGGUGUCGGCAAAAGGAUAGAAAUCUUUGAUGGCAUGACAGCCGCGCAGAUAAAAAAAACGCGAUUGCAAUGAAUGGCGGUUAAUACGCGACUGACCUGACGAGGUAGUAAUCUCUUCGAAGCCAGCGUUUCAUUUUUUAGAGUGCCGAGUUCAAUUACUUUUGCAUCCAAUCGAUAAAAAAAAGUUUAUGCACUGCAUAAAUACAGGCGCACUUGUCGGUGAAUGGAGACAAUGAAACGGCGAUAAUACCCUUGUCGUGGCCAUUAUGAAAAUUGGACAAACACCACUACAAACCUGCACACUCGAGAAUUGUAAAUUUCACAGUCCAUAAUCGUAAUUGAAUAAUAACACUGGUUAUGAACAUUAGGGGUAUCGCACUAAAGGUGGCGAACGUUUCGGCAAAUAUAAGCUAUUAUUAUCGAAUCGCAGAUGGAAUCGACUGGGAACACACAUGCACGCACGCUUUGGUACCAACAAACAGUUGGAAAUUGGAAUUGUAAUGGUAUACAGGGUGAGUGUAUUUACAAGCGUAUUUACAGAUUUGACUGUGUAGGGUUUCUGUUAUAGGGUGAACCAUGUUUCGUGCAGACUAUGAAACUUACGCCUAAGUUGAGUUUCGAGAGGGAAACGCGAGACUGUAUAUUAAUUUCUAGGUUGUAUUAUUAUUUGAAAUACAUGUAUUUGUACUAGGAAUUCAUUUCUGGAUUGGAUUAUUGUUUAUACUAUGUUUCUAGUAGUAUAGCAUUAAUUCCUUGGUUGGAUUGUUAUUUGUUCUAUAUUUGUACUAAGAAUUAAUGAGUAGCAUUAGUUAAUUAACAGUAGCUAAAAUAGUUAUUGAUUCCUAGAUAAUUAGUGUUUAUUGUUUAAACAAUGAUGGUGAAUAUUAUUUUGGUGAAACAUUAAUGGUUCACGUAUUCCUUCUCUCAGUAGAUCGAAUGGCCAUUCGAAUUAACCCGCCGGAUUAUUAUUGUUAACCCCACUCCUUUAUCUUGGCCUGUGUACGGGUUCGUCCGCCAUCGAGGACCUUUGGGCACUCACAUUCAGUCUUCGUAGAUCCUUCGGUCGAUAUGGGUCGCACGAUCGCGCACGCGGUUCAACUCGAGUGUGGACCACUGGUGGGGGAAGGCGACCACCAGGGACCACAGCCGCCCACUACUGACCACUACUGACCAUUGCUGACCACUACUGACCAUUGCUGACCACUACUGACCAUUGCUGACCACUAUUGACCAGCACUCGCGGCAACAUGAGGACCGUAAUAGUGUUUUGUGUAAUAUCGUUGUCCCUGGUCGCUGGGAGCGUUCGGGAUGACCCAGACUGGUGGCGGACGAUGUCGCUUUAUCAGAUUUAUCCUAGGAGCUUUAAGGACAGUGACGGAGAUGGCACCGGGGAUUUGAAAGGUAUACAAAGCAAGCUACAGCACCUGAUCGACUCAAACGUCGACGCGUUCUGGAUGUCUCCCAUCUAUCCCAGCCCGAUGGUCGAUUCUGGCUACGAUAUAUCCGACUUUCGAAAUAUAAAUCCCACUUUCGGCACUCUGCAGGACUUCGACGAGUUGGUGAGAGCUGCGCACAACAAGUCCUUGAGGGUAAUCAUGGAUCUCGUUCCGAAUCAUAGCUCCGACAAACAUGAAUGGUUCCAGAAGAGCUUGCAGAACAUCGAACCUUACGAUAAUUAUUACGUAUGGCACAAGGGCAAAGUACUUGCGAACGGCACUGUCGUUCGACCCAAUAACUGGGUGAGCGUAUUCGGUGGAUCAGCUUGGACAUGGAGAGAGGAACGACAGGCGUACUACCUCCACCACUUCGCUCCGGAACAACCAGAUUUGAACUACGUCAGCGAACACGUUGUACGCGAAAUGAAGGACAUCAUGAGGUUCUGGCUGGACAAAGGGGUGGACGGGUUCAGGGUGGACGCGGUGAACCACCUCUGCGAGGACAACAGAUUCCUGGACGAGCCACUGUCAGGGAAAACGAGCAACCCCGACAUGUCCGAUUACACCGUGAAAAUAUACACGGAGGAUCAGCCGCAAACGUACGAGGUCGUGCGGGGGUGGAGGGAGGUUCUCGACGAGUACAAGGACUCCCCUAGGAUCAUGAUGAUGGAGGCUUAUACGAACAUGUCGAUGACCAUGAAGUAUUACGUGUCAGGGGCACAUUUCCCAUUCAAUUUCAAGAUGCUCGUGGACCUGAACGAAAAUUCGACCGCGGCCGAUUUCCAGAACGUGAUCAACGGGUGGAUUUCGAACAUGCCGUAUGGCAGCACUGCUAACUGGGUGAAUGGAAACCACGAUAAAUCGAGGCUGGUAGCUCGAUUAGGUGAGCAAAAAGCCCGUGUCAUGACUCUUAUGGCGCUUCUGCUGCCAGGCGUUAGCGUGACGUACAAUGGCGAAGAGAUCGGCAUGAAUGACACUCAUAUCUCCUGGGAAGACACACAGGACCCGCAGGGAUGCAACGCAGGCAAAGAAGGGUACGAAAAAUCCUCCAGGGAUCCGGCCAGGACUCCUUUCCAAUGGGACAAUACCACAUCAGCUGGAUUCUCGAGGAACCCGAAAACCUGGCUGCCAGUGAACGAGAAUUAUAAAACCCUCAACCUGGCCUCGGAGAAGGAAGACGAGCACUCCUACUACAGCUUUUACAAGACGGUUUCGAAUCUGAAGAAAUCGCCGAUGGCCAAGAAUGGGAACUUAAUCACGAAGCUCUUGAACGAGAACGUUUUUUCUUUCGCCAGGGAAACCUUAAAGGACGGAUCUAUUUACGUAGUGGUGAAUCUUGGCCACGAGGAGGAAACCGUGGACUUAUCGGUGUUCGAUAACGUAUCGAGACGAUUGAAUCUGUAUUACGCCACUGGUAGAUCUGAUUUAUUGCCAAGAAGUCUCUCGGUUUGUGAGAACAUAAAGAUCCCCCCAUCGGUCGGUGUGGUCUUCGUCAGCAAAGGGGAUGAUAGUCAUCACGAACAUCACGGUGGAACUAUACUGGAAACCCGUUCAGUCGUGUCUAUGUCCUUCAGCAAAGUAGACAUUGUCAGAAACGAAUGGACCAAAACAUACUUGGACGAUUAAUUGAUUAAUUUCAAUUCUUCGUCAACGCAUUCAUUGUAUUCGUGUAUUAUUAUAUUUAUAAGCAUUCUCGGUCCCUUUAAGUAUAACAGAUGUAUUAGGUUGUCCUAAAAGUUUCUUUCGUUUUAUUAAUAAGUAAUACAUGCACAAUAUUUUAUAUCUAAUGUUCCAUUAUUGAAUUUUGUACGAUUCAUUUUGCUCCAUUACUGUUACAACAUCAACAUCUAAGAAAUUAGAUUGUCUAUUUAUGUAAACACUAUCGCACAAAUAAUUGAGUCCAAAUUACGAAAGAAACUUUUGGGACAACCUAAUACAAGUACCAGUAACAUAAUUCCUGGUGUAUAUACAUAUGUGACAUUACACUUUAUAAAUUAUGAAGAUUUACUGUACACUCCACGUGUGCACAAUCGAUACUCGAAUUAAUAAUAAACGAAUAAAAAUAAUUCCUUA